AUGUCUAAAAUACCAAGCCAGCAGAUGAUCAUUGUCGGAAUCGACGCAAAUACGAAGAUGAAACUCGAACAGCAAUCCGAUGUGCUAGGAAAAUGGUAUUAUCCAGCAGAGCGCACGUCCGACAACGGUGACCGUCUGGUCGAUUUGUGCGAACAGACGGGCCUCAUAUUCGCUUCCACGUUUAAGAGGAAUCAUCGACGCCAUCAGCUCACGUGGCAGGGGUCAACCCUUUUAAUGCCUGAAGAACAGCGCAAGCGGAAGAUGAGGACUGCUAAACUUCAGCUCGACUACAUUCUGGCGAGGAACAUUCCUCAGUCAGAUAACCGAAAAUCUAGAGCUGUUUGGGUCGUCGCGUUCGACUCUGACCACCGUCCAAUUCUCAGCUUCAAGAUACAGUUCCACAAGAGGAACCAAAGAGUUCCUCCUCAACCGAAAUCCGACAUGGCAGGCUUAAAAGACGAAGAAUGCAGAACGAAAUUCCGCCAACAUGUGUCUAUUCAUGCUGGAGUACGGACCAGGGCGUACAAUUCUGUAUGUGUCGCGUGCAGCACUGGUAACCUCAACCAGGAAGAACAUCUUAGAAGGAAGUUGCGUCGUCAACUGCAACAAGACCGCGAUAACGAGUGGACGUCAAGAGCAAAGGAGUUUGAAAAGGCGUGGGAUGACAAGAACCCGCGGAAAGCCUAUGCUUUACUAAGACAGUAUAGCGGCAAAAUGAAAAGAUGA